AUGCAACACGGCAGCUGCACCUGUGAGAGUUGUCGUAACACGGACGUUGUUUCUGAGGUUCAAACGCUAACCAUGUGCGUCAAUAAACGUGAAUUGCAACCACUCGAGGUCGCCUGUACCAUUCCGCCAUGGAAACAACAUGACGACAGUUCAGUGCGUCUAGAGACACAAACUUUCCCCAACCCGUGUAGCGGGUUUGCCCAGACUCAGGGGAAAGACAACAUGGAGUCGGUGGGGGAACGCUCACUCAUCUCUCGCACGGAAAAAAAGACUGACAGCAUAACCGUCGUUGCAGUGACCAUGAGCUUCUCUCCAUGUCCACCUGAUGCCCUCGCAGGCAACAGCAUCCAACAACAGAGGGACCGCUGGGAGAGAAAGAGGAACGUAGUCGCCAGAGAGUUGGUGCUGACGGAACAGCAUUACUGCCAACAGCUGGCGCUUGUGACCACUUGGGAAGAUCUUGAGCGGUUAAAGCCUGGCGUGGGCACCACUAUAAAUAAAUACUUUGUGGAGAUCUUGAAGGCCAAAGGAACCCUGAGGCAGGACAUUAGAGAAAGCAUCUUCAGUUCAAUUAAAGCCAUUCACUCAGUAAACCAAUCUUUGCUGGUCCACCUGGAAAAUGGCUAUUUCGGAAGAGGCUUUGACCAGUUUUGUCCUCAGCUGCACCACUACAACGUCUUUGUGGACAACAUUUACAAUGCCAGAAAAGUGCUUGUGGUCCAACUGAAGAAAAACAAGGCCUUCAGACGCUUUAAGAAACUUCAGGAAUCCCGGCCAGAGUUCAACAGCCAAAAGCUGGAGGACCUGCUUCACCUUCCCAUCGAGCGGAUCGAGCAGUAUAAACGUUUUCUGCAGGUGAUGGCUGCCAAUACAAGUCCAGAUGACCCAGAAUUCCAGCAGCUUUCACGGGCGGUGGCUGCGGUGGAACUGCUGCACCAGCGCAUCCAAAAGAACACCCGGCGGCAUGAGAACCACCUGCAGCUUUGCCGGGUGCAGAAACUGCUGAAGGGGCGAAAGACGAAGGUGUUGGCUGCAGAGAGGUGGUACAUCCGUGAAGGCUGGCUGAAGGUGGUUCCCUCCAAAGGCGCAGACGUCAAACCCAAGUUGUUUUUCCUGUUUUCGGACAUGCUUCUGCAGACCAAGCGAUGCAGCUCACUGCACCCCACCAGCAGCGACAAGUUUAUAGGCCAGCACGCCUAUCCGCUGAAUCAGUGCGCCGUGGAAAAGGUCUUCGGCCACACCAAGAGCAAAGGGGGCCUGCUCAGUCUGACGUUCCCCAGAGCCAAACUCCUGCUUAUGUCCAGCAACCAGGAAGAUCUGAAUGAUUGGUACCAAAGUCUGUGUUCAGCUAUUAGGAAGCUGGAGCCAAAGCCGACAUUUGGCCACGAAAGAGUGGAGCCCAUGCAGGAACCCUUCUCCUCUGAUGCUGAGAACCACAAUUCACUAAUCAACAGCAGCAGCAGCAAUGCCAACGGGAAGAGGAACAUGGCCAGCACCGAGACUGGUGAGCUUUCUCAGAGACACGCUGCUGAGUGGGAGGGCAGCGCCCCCAAAAGGAUGAAGCAAGCUGUUUCAGAGCAGAGCACAGAGUCCUCCUCAUCCAGCUGUGUCAUCCUCUGAAGUCCCUCUCCCAUGCAGUCAAGGUUGGAUCCUGCAGUGACCGUCUGAGAGUUUCACUUCAGCCAUGACAGGACCUCUGCUUUUUAUUAUUUAACCCUACACCAAAUAUGUAGCUUAUUUUUUCUACUGUGCAAUAUAAAAACGCAUAAGUGCUGCUUUGCAUACCAAAUAUAUGAAUGUGCUCUAAUAACCUGGAUUUAAGAUAUGCCUUUAUUCGUCCCUCAGUGGGAUUUGCAACAAUGUGAAGUUAAAUCGUUUUAAAGGGAAACACAAAUAUUAGUAGUUCAUAUAAGUCGGUUUGUCAAUAACUCAUUAGUACCUCUUUAUUUACACUCCUUAUUGCUAAAACUACCAACUAUUAUUGUUACUAUGUAUACUAUACUGUGUAAUAUAAUAUAAUAUCACAUACCAAUUGGGUGCAUUUUACUCAUUCAAGCAGUUACUGUGAGCAACCAGGCUUGGAACCCUGGUUCUUUAUACGUAUUAUUCUAUUGUAUCUAUUAGCAACAUAUUGUCUAUUUACUACUAGCACAUAAUCUAAUGAAGUCACAUAUUCAUGCUGUUUGGGAGAUUUUAGUUCAGCGAGUGAUUUGAUUUUAUGUUUUCUGAUGCAUUACUACUAAGAUGUUAAAACUGAGCACAUACAUCUACAAAUGGGAAGCAAUAAAACUCAAAAA